UCCGGCCUGUGAAGGGUCUCCUCCACGCACUCGACCCCCGGUGCCGCGCCGAGCGAUGCGCGCACCCGACACCGGAAGUCAGGGUCGAGUCGUUGGCGUUCAUGAGCACGACAGGAGUGAACCGGCAAAAGACGACAGCAGUUACCGGGGGGGAAGAAGAAGGAGCCGGGUGGACCGAUUCCCUGGAAGGAACCGCGUAGCUAUGUGCUUGUUGCCGCCGCUCUGAUCUCACCCACGUCCCGUGUCUUCUGAUCACCGCGCGGCGGCCGUCCAGGCGUCGGAGGGCCUCCCAGAGUCCCGGUGUGUCGCGGCGGCCCGCUCCGUCGCCCGGGGAAGAGACGCACACGGGUCUUCUCGCGCGGACCCCGCGGCGCGUGUGACCGGUGUGCGCGUGAGCAGCUCUCCCUAUGUGUGUCACCAUGGGGGACAUCAGCGACCUGGACCGGCAGAUCGAGCAGCUCCGACGCUGCGAGCUCAUCAAAGAAAACGAAGUCAAAGCACUGUGCGCCAAAGCCAGAGAGAUUCUGGUGGAAGAAAGCAAUGUUCAGAGAGUCGACUCCCCCGUCACGGUGUGUGGUGAUAUUCAUGGUCAGUUCUAUGACUUGAAGGAGCUGUUUAGAGUCGGUGGCGACGUCCCCGAGACAAAUUACCUCUUCAUGGGCGACUUCGUGGACCGAGGCUUCUACAGCGUCGAGACAUUCCUGCUUCUGCUGGCGCUGAAGGUCCGCUAUCCGGACCGGAUAACCCUGAUCCGGGGGAACCACGAGUCCCGUCAGAUCACCCAGGUCUACGGCUUUUACGACGAGUGCCUCCGCAAGUACGGCUCGGUCACGGUGUGGCGGUACUGCACGGAGAUCUUCGACUACCUGUCCCUCUCCGCUAUCAUCGACGGCAAGAUCUUCUGUGUGCACGGCGGCUUGUCUCCCUCCAUCCAGACACUGGACCAGAUCCGGACCAUUGACAGAAAACAGGAAGUUCCCCACGACGGCCCCAUGUGUGACCUCCUGUGGUCGGACCCCGAAGACACCACGGGGUGGGGCGUGAGUCCCCGCGGCGCCGGCUACCUGUUCGGCAGCGACGUGGUGGCGCAGUUCAACGCCGCCAACGACAUCCACAUGAUCUGCCGAGCGCACCAGCUGGUCAUGGAGGGCUACAAGUGGCACUUCAAUGAGACGGUGCUCACCGUGUGGUCGGCGCCCAACUACUGCUACAGGUGCGGAAACGUGGCGGCCAUCUUGGAGCUGGACGAGCAUCUACAGCGGGAGUUCAUCAUAUUCGAGGCGGCGCCACAGGAGACCAGAGGCAUCCCCUCCAAGAAGCCAGUAGCUGACUAUUUCCUGUGAGCUCCCCCCCCCCCCAGUGGACGGCUACGACGUGUCCGAGGGGAAGAACCAGCCUCCGGUACCAUUUCACACCAGCCGCCCUCCAUCCCCCGUCGGACUGAACUCGGAGCAGUUAGACACAAACGGGCCCCACCCCCGGGUUUCUGCUGCGCUGCACUUCGGGGUCACUGUGAAGGGCGUCGAGGUCUUCGCCUCCAUCGUUUCCUUUCUCCCCUCGCCCUCCUCAACCAUUUCUCUCUCCGCCCGCUGUAGAUACGACCCCCCCCCCCCCCCCCCCCUGACCUGAGCUUCACCCAUUCAUGUAGAGUUAUUUUUCUUCUUCAUUUUUAAAUAUUUUCAGAUGUAGGAAGUGAAACGAUUCUGUAACUUCAAGGGAAACGUUGCUGCUUUUCAACGUGUGUGUGUGUGUGUGUGUGUGUGUGUGUGUGUGUGUGUGUGUGUGUGUGUGUGUGUGUGUGUGUGUGUGUGUGUGUGUGUGUGUGUGU